UUGUCAGACCUUUCCCCACGGCCUUUUAGCUAGUUCAGCAAAUCUCAGCUAGCAAAUAGCUAGCUAGCUGUGCAGUCACUAUUCAUAAAAACGGGAGCUUAAUUUGCGAACGAGAGGGAGAGGGAGAGCUAGAGCUGACCAUAAUGACCUAUCAACAAGGACCAGUUCCCCACAGAGAUGCGUUCAUUAAGAUUGUGCUCGUGGGAGACCCAGGAGUGGGCAAAACAUCACUCCUUGUGAGAUACACGGAGGGGAAGUUUAGCGAAACUCCCAUGACCAACAUCGGCCCAGGAGUGGACUAUAAAACGAAGAUAAUUGAGGUCGACAACAAACAGAUAGAGUUACAGCUGUGGGACACAGCUGGCCAAGAGAGGUUUCGUUCGAUUACAGACUCAUUCUACAAGGGGGCUCACGGCAUUCUUCUGGUGUUUGAUGUCACUGAUGGGGAGUCAUAUACUCGGUGCACUAACUGGAAUAGGGACAUAGAGCGCUACCUCUACCAACGACCGAACACCGUCAAGUACAUGGUCGGCAACAAAAUUGACGAGAAAAGAGAAAGGAUGAUCAUACCUGAUGCCGCUAAGGAACUGGCUGAGAAAUUUGAGAUGAGCUACGUUGAAACAAGUGCCAAAGAUAACACUAACGUUGAGGAGGCAUUCGAAAGUAUUGCUCGUGAAAUCAUGAGAGGUGAAUCGUUCGAGCAACAGGACAGAAAUGUUAUUCAUAUCCGUAAGACACAACCAGACUCGACUAAAAAGAAGGAAUGUUGCGGGAAGAGUUAAUUGGGUCUUAUUUACUGUGUUUUAAUUGUUUAUGUUUGUGACCAUUAUCUUAAAGCCUCCAUUACAUUGCAUUGACAAUUAAAGUGGGACAGUGCACCCUGUGUAAGAUAAGAUUGUGUGUGCUAUAAUGUAUUUUGACUAUCAUUUUGUUUGAUACGUAAACAUCUCUUACAUGUAUGAUGUGGUAUAAUACGCACUACUAUUAUUAUUAUUGAUAAACAUCA